UUGUGAGAACCUAAAUUUCAUAUCUUCUAUUUUGUUUGUUCAAGAUUGGGGAUUGUAUGCUGGGAUUAGGGUUUAUUACAUUUUUAAAGGUUUUGAAUCUACUCCCUUGUAGCCACAUAUUUUCAAUUUGUUCACUCAUAUUUUCUGGUUCUUUUUUUUAACUUCAAUAGCAAAGGUUUUGCUCCUGUAGAGAUUCCUCUUUCCUGGCCUACUAUCUAUUCUCUUCCUUCUUUUUAUGACCAAUGAUUAAGACAACUGGAAAAAUAUCUAACGCUAUCUUUUAGAUGUAUGUUGCUGUACAAUCCUGUUCAGUUAGCAGAUUUCUCCGGCACUGCCCUUCUAAUGCCACUAGCUGAGGAGCUGAUCAGGCUUUGUGCAAAAUAUGUUGCUGUACAUAUUUUGCAGCUGCUUCAGCAAGCCGGGGAUGGAUGGUAUACUACUCGGUAUCUGUUUGAUAUUCUGCAUCAUUCUCAUCCUUUCAGGUGCUUCCUGGAUAGUUUAAUAUCCAGUCAAGAAGACUGCAAUGGCUUUAGGAGAAGCCCUGUUUGAUGAAGAGCUCGGCAAACCUAUAGGGCAGAUUGUUGCCGUAUGCGGCCGCAACCAGAUACUGAGUUCCACAUUGCAGUCAAUUAAGUGGAGGGUCCCUGUGAAGAUUAGAGGAUUUGAGACCCAGAUGGAGAAAUGGAUGGGUGCUUGUGAUUGUAUCAUAACAAAGGCAGGGCCUGGUACAAUUGCUGAGGCAUUGAUCAGGGGACUUCCUAUCAUCCUCAAUGACUUCAUACCUGGACAGGUUUGAAUGCAAGUACUAGUCUACGGAUAAAUCUAUGAGGGUGGAUGCAUGAUAUUAAUAGGGAUGAAUCAAUCAUAUGUUCAUGGAAAUUCUUCUCUGGAUCUUCUAUAAUAUGGCCCUUUCAACUGGAGCUGUGGUAUCUUGUCAUAAGGAUGGUUCCAGACUGGAGGUUUUGUUGUUUUGUGCUACAGUAUUAGCCAGUUUGCUUGCUGGUUGCCUUAUGUAUAUUUGUGCGUAUAUUAUCACAAAGCUGAUGAGCUGAUUCAAGGAGCUAAAUGAACAAGCUCAAAAGCUUAUGGGCAUAUUCGUUUGCUGCAUGUAUGAUUUAAAGUUCUUCUGAAACUAGUUUCAUGAGAUUCAGGCACAAAA